GCAUUGUAUGGGUCACAUUCUUCUUUUGAAGGGCACUCUGUGCCAGGAAAGAAAGAGAGACAGACGGGGGGGGUGGGGUCAGUGUCCUUCUCACUCGUUUCAGAAGGUCUCAUCUGCCCAGGAUCCUGGAGUCUUCUUCUUCUCAAGGCAAAGUGUGUGGACCAAGAGGUCUAAGAGUCCAGGCUUCGCCAUGGCAACCAAAACGGUGACGUUUCAAUGCCGGGAGGAGGAGGCGCACCAGAUGUCGCAUAGCAUGGAUUUGUCCUCGCGGAUUAAGAAGAAGACGUUUGCUUCCAGUGAUGAAGAGGCCUCCUAUUCGGAGUUCUAUCCCAUCAUCUCGGCCGACGUAAUGUCCAUGAAGGAGAUCCUGGACGUCGGCGAGUUCCCACGUCAUAGGACAUGGGAGGUCCUGAAGCAGACCCUUGACACGGAUGAGCUGCGGCAGAGGGACAAGUGGACGCUGUUCGGGAACGAGGCGGAGAAGGUGGAGGUGGAAGUGAUUCGGAACCAGCACACUGUCAGGAAGCGGGUCGACCGCCUGGCACUGCGCCAAGAGGCGGAGCGAAAGGCUUCGAUCCACAAGAAGUUUCUGGAAGACCUCUGCAUGAGAGGGCCGGACUUCCCCAUCCCCCUGCGUAACCACGCCGUGUGGGAGGGCAUGGCGGUCAAGAUGUCCUGCACCGUGCAGGGCUGCCCGAGCCCUCAGGUCACCUGGUACAAGGACGGAGUUUCUCUCGGGCAUCUCCACCAGCCCUGGAACGUCAAGCUCCAGCAAACCCACGGCCUCAACACUUUGGAGAUACGCAGGGCCUCUGUAAACGACGCUGGGGAGUAUAAAGCUGUAGCCAAAAGCCCUCUGGGUGAAGCCAUCACCUUUGCCACCCUGCUGGUGAAAUGCUAUAAAGGUGGCAAGAGCGGCUUGGAGACCUCCAGGAGCCUGCGGCCAGCUGUGCAAGAGGAGGCUCGGAUCGGCUUGACCUUCCCCCCAACCUUCGCCAUCGAGGGCGAGGCACUCAGCCUGAAGUGUGACUUCACUUCCUCGCUGCUGGCCUUUCAGCAGGAUGUGACCUGGCUGAAAGAUGGAGUCCCGCUGCGAGCGAACAGCAAGGUCGAGCUGAAGACGGGCUUGUGCUCCUCCAGCCUGACCAUAAGGUCCAUCCACAAGGAGUUGGAGGGCGUUUACACCGUGCGGCUGCGUACCUGUGAUGGGUUUGAGGAGCACAGCGCAUACAUCUACGUCAAAGAUGGGGUGUCGGCCAUGCCCGGGGCUCCAGGCUCGCCCAUGAAUGUGCAGUGUCACGACGUGAACAAGGACUACAUCCUGCUCACCUGGACGCCUCCCAGCGCAGACGGGGCCUGCAAAAUCCAGGGCUACUACGUGGAGAAGUGUGACAUUGGCGUGGGGGACUGGGUGCGUUGCAAUGAGACCCCACAGUGGGCCUGCUGCUACCCCAUCAGAGGCCUGCUAGAGAACACCAUCUAUCAGUUUAGGGUCCGAGCGUUGAACCAGACCGGAGUGGGCCGCCCCUCUAAGCCCACAGAGUCCAUCCUUACCUCAGACCCAGCUGAGCCUGGCCGCAGGAUGGUGUUCAAGGUGUUUGACGGGAAGGAGAUGGUCAUCACCAAGGACGAGCUAGAAGGUGAAGUGCGGGUUCCACUCCCACCCACGGAUGUGCGUGCCUGUGAGGUGAGCGAGUCCUUUGUGGUGAUUGGCUGGACAGAGCCGGAGCCCCGAGGCCGUGAGCCACUCACCUUCUACGUGGAGCGGUCGGUGGUGGGGCGCGACAGCUGGCACCUGGCCAGCCUGGGCCAGACAGUGGCCUCGCCUCGUUUUGCCGUCUUCGACCUACAGAAGGGCACGUCCUACUGCUUCCGCGUGCGCUCCAUCAACAAGUAUGGGGUGAGCGACCCCUCACCACCCAGCGAGCACAUCUCGCUGGGCCAGCCAGUAGCGCCGCCCUCUCCACCCCAUGGCAUCCAGGCACUGAGGGACACGGACACCUCGGUGCAGUUGCUAUGGAAGGAGCCAAAAGUCACAGAGGGCAUCUUGGGCUACUACCUGUACUACUGUGAAGCUGGGACCAAGAAGUGGAGGACGGUGAACAACAAGCCAGUCACCAGCAGCGGGUUCACCAUCCAUGGGCUCACCCCCAACAAGAUGUAUGUCUUCCGGGUGAAGUCUGUGAGCCGGGCGGGUAACAGCGAGUACUCUGAGGAAUCGACUGCAGUCCGGGCGAAAGCAGCCCUGUGUGUCCCUUCCGGGCCAUCAGCCAUCGUCCUCUUGAACUGCACAGGGACUGAGAUGGUGAUUGGGUGGAGGGCCCCUACCAGCAAUGGUGGGGACCCAGUCAGAGGAUACUAUUUGGAUCAGACUGACACAGCGUCAGCAGUGUGGCAUGAGGUCAAUACUCAGCCAGUGAAAGAGAGGAGCUACAGGGUCAGCGGCCUGCGGUUGGGGCACCGCUACCACUUCCGGGUUUUUGCGACCAACGUCGUCGGCUUGGGACCACCUUCGGAGCCCAGUGACGCGUUCCUGUGUGACCCGUGGACCAUGGAUGAGCCAGGGUGCCCCUAUGACCUGGUGUUCAGAGAAGUGCGCAUGACGUCACUGGUCCUGCUCUGGGAGGGGCCUAUGUACAAGGGGCGAAGUCAGGUCACAGGGUACCUAGUGGAGAUCAGCAGCCAGGACGAGGCAGAGGGCUGGACUCUGCUGACCCAAGAUCCAAUCCCAGACACCCAUCUUAAGGUGUCGGGGCUGCAGGCAGGUAAAACCUACAUUCUACGCGUUUCUGCAGUCAACAAAUUCGGCGUUGGCAUGCCCUCCCUGCCAUCUGAGCCAAUCACAGCUCAGACAAAACCAGGAACAAAGGAUGUGGAGAUCGGGGUGGACAACGAUGGCUUCAUCUUCUUGGGCAUUGAGUGUCCUUUGGGGACUGAGGCCAGCCAGCUGGUGUGGGCCAAGAACUACGCAGAGCCUAUUGAUGGUGGACGGGCUCGUGUGGAGCUCAAAGGCAACCGGUCCACCAUCACGUUCCUGAACCCAUCCGAGGAAGACUUGGGCCUUUAUACCGUAGUGAAAGGCGACGAGCAGGACAUCUCCUCCAGCUACAACUUUACUGCGGAAGAUCUGGAGAAGAUGCAGGAACUCAGCUGGCAAGUCAGAAAUCCACUGAUCGCUCUGAAGACGCCCUGGACGGUGGACGUGUCGGAGCAGGGCUCCAUCCGACUGUGGCUGCAGACGGAGCCACUCAGUGAGGCCGCGCAGCUGCACCUCAUCCUGAACGAUCGGGAGAUCACCAGCACCCCGGAGCGCAAGAUUAACUUCCACAAAGCUCACGGAAUUUUGGAGGUUCUGAUUGACCAGCUGUGCCCAGAUGACGAGGGCUCUUACACUGCUCAGCUUCAAGACGGCCGCGCAAAGAACCAGUUCACCCUGGUUCUGGUAGAUGAAAAGUUCCGUCAGACACUGGCCCAGUCCGACGCCAAAAGGAAGAACUGGAAGAGAAAGUCGGGACCUCACUUCCUGGAGUUUCUGUCCUGGCAGGUGACGAAGGACUGUGAGCUAAUAUUCAGAUGUCAGGUGACCAACGUGAACAGGGACACCUGUCUGAAAUGGUUCAAAGACGGGGGGGAGAUCAGCAAUACCACUUAUGACCUGAAGACCGGGGUUAGCACGUACACUGUGCCACAGGUCACAAGGAAGGAAACGGGGGUGUACAGGGCGGUGGUCUCGGAUGGCAGAGGAGAGGACGUCAGCACGCUGGAGCUGGUGGAUGAAGAGUUCGAGAAGCUCCAGCAGAGACUCAGCAAACAGUGCGCUCUGUCUGCCGGCCCCCUGGAGGUUCAAUGCACCGCUGAGGGCUUCAAGAUCUCCUGCUCUCUGAAGUACUACCUGGGAUACCUGAAAACCAGCUGGUUCCACAGGGAGAAGCGGAUCGACCAGGACCAGAGAGCUCUACCGGGCAGCAGCAUGCAGAAGCUGUGGGUGGAGAUUCUCGGGCCCACGGAGGGUGACAAGGGAAAAUACUGCCUGCAGAUGUUCGAUGGGACUGAGACUCAUACGCGUACACUGGACCUGUCUGGCCAAGCUUUUGAAGAUGCCAUGUUGGAGUACCAGAGGCUGAAGCAGGUGGCCAUUGCAGAAAAGAACCGUGCCAGAGUGACAAAGGGACUUCCAGAUGUGGUGGCCAUCAUGGAACAUAAGACUUUGUGCUUAACCUGCUUUGUGGAGGGUGACCCAGCCCCUGAGAUGUUCUGGCUGAAGAACGACCGGGAGCUCUUCUCCGCCGGACAGUACAACAUCUCCAGUGACCACCAGUGCACCACCCUCACCAUCAACAAGGUCAACAUGGAGGACUCAGGCCUCUACAGCAUAUUCACCCGCAACAAGCACGGCUCCCAGACGGUGAACGUGACAGUCAGCGUGUACAAGCGCGGGGAGAAGCCGCGGGCCGGCGCCGUGGAGAUGUAGAGACAGGAAGAGUGUUUGCAUGGUGUGUGUCAAACUAACACUGUAGAGAAAAGGCAAUGUGGUUUUGUAUAAUUGAGUGAAGAAAGCAGGCUGUGAUUGUGUAACCCCACUAAGAAAACACAUAUCAGUGUUCCUGUUAUAGAUUCAGGAGCAAGAUUUUACACUAUCCAAUUAAUCACAUUUGAUAAAAGCAGUUUAUGUGGUGUGGGGGUGACACGGUGGUUAGCACUGUUGCUUCAAUCCACUGGGAUUACUGAGCGCAUACAAAAUGGAUGACAAGUCUCUGUUGUUCACGUCUACAACACUCUCAGUCCUCUACCUGCACUGUGAUUGACACCCCCGGCGCCCUGUCCAAAUGUGCCACAGAAUACAAACCCUGAAGCUGCACGUUCAGCCAAGUUUCUCCUCCCAGAUAUCGAAUACGAAGCCAGGAGUGUCUCCGCCCUUCCCCUCGUUUGGUCUCUGCUCUGCAUUUUUUUAGAUCAAAUAGGCACCGCGAAGAAGACAACUCAGCAUUUACAAGCCCAGUUUUUAUGACUGACACUUGAUUUCAUUGUAGUUCUGUAGCCAUAAAUUCUCUGUGCUGAUUGGGUGAAGAUACAGAGAAUCGCGCUUGUGUUGCAAAUAAACCUACAGCUUCUUUCAA